AGCGGGAACAUGGCGAGCGUCGGAAACGGCACGGAGGAGAGCGGCGGCGGGGAGGAGGAAAAUUUUGAAGAUGCUUUUGAAAACAUCCCUGUGGCAUCCAAGAUGGAUCUCAAGAGUUCUCUGGAAGAAUGUUCAAUGGCACUGAAUUUGUUUCUAAAUAACAAGUUCUCUGAAGCCCUGGAAUUACUUCGCCCCUGGUCUAAAGAUAGUAUGUACCAUGCCCUUGGGUACAGCACUAUUUUAGUUAUGCAAGCUGCUAUGACCUUUGAACAACAGGAUAUACAAAUGGGAAUUUCUACAAUGAAAGAAGCUUUGCAAACCUGCCAAAGAUUCAGGAAAAGAAGCACAGUGGUAGAGUCCUUGUCCAAUCUAGUUUCUAAACAGUCAGUGGAUCAACUGAGUGAAGAGGAAAUGCAUGCUGAAGUCUGCUAUGCGGAAUGCUUACUGCAGAAAGCAGCUCUCACCUUUGUACAGGAUGAAAAUAUGAUCAACUUUAUCAAAGGUGGCCUCAAAAUUAGGACAAGUUACCAAAUAUACAAAGAAUGUCAUCAGGUUCUGCAGAUGACACAGGGGAACAAAAGCAAAAUUGAAACUUACCACCAGUUUGAAGGAGGGGUAAAACUUGGAAUUGGAGCAUUCAAUCUGAUGCUGUCGCUUUUACCAGCAAGGAUCCUCCGAUUUUUAGAGUUUAUUGGAUUUUCUGGCAAUAGGGAGCUGGGCCUCUAUCAACUGUGGGAAGGAGCAUCUGGCAGCAGUUUGAGAGCCAUUCUGUGUACUUUUACCCUGUUGGUUUAUCAUACUUAUGUCUCCUUAAUCCUUGGUACAGGGGACACCAAUCUUCAGGAAGCAGACAGUCUCCUUGAACCCUACCUCCAAAAAUUUCCAAAUGGUUCCAUUAUACUGUUCUAUGCUGCCAGAAUAGAUACGCUGAAAGGAAAUUUUGAAAAGGCGCAGUUAACAUUCCAAGACUGCAUAGCAGCCCAGCAAGAAUGGAAGCAGAUUCAUCAUCUCUGUUACUGGGAACUGAUGUGGUGUUACACCUUCCAGCAGAACUGGCUUCAGGCAUAUCGGUAUGCAGACCUGCUGAGCAAAGAGAGCAGGUGGUCUAAGGCAAUAUAUGUAUUCCAAAAAGCAGCAAUUUUAUGUAUGCUUACAGAGGAUGAAUUGAAAAGUACCGGUGAGGACAUUGUAUCUUUGUUCAGACAAGUGGAUGGUCUAAAACAGAGAAUUGCAGGAAAAUCUAUUCCAACUGAAAAAUUUGCAGUAAGGAAAGCUCGACGCUAUGCAAGUUCUCAACCUGUGAAGCUGAUAUUACCUGCCUUGGAAAUGAUGUACGUCUGGAAUGGCUUUGCAAUUGUGGGCAAAAGAGCAGAUCUCACCGAAAAUUUAUUGGUAACAAUUGAAAAAGAAGAAACUGCUCUAAAAAAUGAGACUAGCCACACAGAGUACUAUAUGGAUGAUGUGUGCAUGUUGCAGUUACUAAAAGGCCUUUGUCUUAAACACUUGGGAAGACUCAUGCAAGCUGAACUAUGUUUCAAUCAAGUAAUUCAAAGUGAGAAGCAAAUAAAAUAUGAUAGCUAUUUGGUGCCAUUCACCAUGUAUGAGCUGGGACUUCUAUACAAACAACAGGAUGAGAGAGAAAAAGCUAUCAGAUACAUAGAAACUGCAAAAAACAACUACAAAGAAUACUCUAUGGAGUCCAGAUUGCACUUCAGGAUUCAUGCAGCACUCGACAGCUUGAAAGUGUCACCUGCUUCAACACCUUGAAUGAGGAGGGAUGCAUUUCAUGCAUAUAUUGCAUGCAGUAGUCUGCACAAUCUUUUUGCAAUGUUUUUCAAAUCUUCAGAAAGAAACAACCUAGUGAUUGUUUUCUGACAUCUCUGAUUUGAUGUAUGUUAUUUCCUUAGACUGUUCUUUUUCUUUAUGGCUCAUAUAUUGUAUCUACUUGAUACAUUAAAAAAGACCUUAUAUUUUAUUUGAUAAAAAUAAUUUAAUAUUUGACUUAGUGGGGGAUAUUUAAAAAACAGUUGAUGGUGCAAUAACAUUUAAUUCAAACACUUUAUUUUUUUAUAUGAAAACAGAUGCUGGCUAUGCAGUGGAACUGGUGAUAAUUUCAGCCUUUUGAGGAGGUUUGAUUUUCUGCAGUACACUUGAUAUCUUUUCGCCUUUGGAACAAUACUGCAAUGGCUGCAGUAACUUGUACCCAUAUUUAGCAUACCGUAUUCUGAAAUUUGCAUUCCAGAGGAAAAAAAAUCUUCCUUUUUAACUUUAUUUCAUUUUGAGAACAAAAUGAAUUUGUCCAAAGUGCAAUAUUUUUAUAUCUUUUAAGGUAAAAUUAAGCAGAGCUGCAGGUAAAAAGUCUCUGCAGCUCCAGUUCACUCGAAAUAAGUGGUCACAGGGGACAUUUAUCAGUCAUAGAAAAGCAGGAGUACUAGGGACAAUAAGAAACCAUCUGUUAUGUAUUUCCACUCUUAAAGCAGAAUCAAGGUCUUAUGUUAUUCUUUGCAGGUACUUGUUUAAACUAUUCUUAACUACAAAAAAUUGUAACUUGCACAAGCAGUGUUUUCCAGUACUUUAUUAUUUCUAUGGAUAAUUUUUUUCCUGAUGUCUACCCCUAAAUAAUUCCUUGACUAAAACUGAUUACUUUCCAUCCUCCAUGUCAUGGAUCUGGAGAAUAGAUUGUUCUCUUCCUUUUCUGGAGCAGUCUUGCAAUAUUUAAAGACUGGCUCUUUUGUUGCCUUUUUUUUGUUCCAGCUAGAACAAAUAAAAUCUUGCAGAACAUACUUGUUUCCCUGAUCUUUGGGAAUAUGAGUUGCUUUUGCAUCAAAAAGAGAAUCCAGUUUUAAACUUGUAAUUUAAAAAGUGCAUAUUCUAACCAUUACUUUCUACCAAAAAGUGGGUAUGGAGAUAUGGUUGUAAGUUUUGUUUUCUCAUUAGUAUGGGGAGAACAUAAUCAAAUUUAAUAUCCCAAUUCAUUUCUAGUACUUCUGCAAGUUUUACUAGCACUGCAUUCUUAAUUAAGAAUAUACCUGACAUACUGAACACUGGAACAAGCUUUGUAGAGAGCUGCUUGAUGCUCUGUGACUGUCGGUGUUUAAGAGGCAUUUGUACACUGCCCCCAAUAAUAUGUUUUAACUUUUGGUUGGCACUGAUGAGUUCAGGCAGUUGGACAAGAUGAUCAUUGAAGGCUGCUUCCAACUGUUCUGUUAUGCUCUAUUUUAUUUUCUUCUGUUGAUUCCCAGAAACUGUCCUGUCAGAAAUUAUUGCAAAACCUGCCAAUAUCCAUAUUUCAGUAAUUCUAGUAUGUUUGUUUUCCUGUGAUAAAUAAUUGAUAGCAACUAAGUAUGUGAUUCUCUGCCUUCAGCUCCCACCCAAGAGAAAAGAAAGAAAGUAGGUGAAAGAAACUCUCCUCAGUAAACGAGAGUAGAUGAACAAUAAAAUUCUAACUAAUUAGUGAAUCUACUGUAAACACUCCAAUUAAGAACACGGCUUUCUUCCAUCACUGUAAAUGAGAAAUUAUGUUGCAUAAAAAUCCAUAAUACAAGUGAAAUAAGAGUUUAUAAAUAGUAGCUAAAUAAAUACAACAGGUCUUUCAAAGUGGAAAGCUAUUCCAAAGUCUAUUCUCUUUGCUGAUUUGGAUUUUUGUCCGCCUGUUACAAAUGUGCAAUUAAACUAUUGGGCUGAAUUACAUGUUUGAAGGUUAGAUACCAAAGACACUGAUUCAUCAACACUUAUAUCGGAAUGUGCUCUCUUAAGUUUGGCUCUUUGUCAACCAAGAGUAGCAUAUGCCACCACUUCUUAGACUUAUUGUCCUUCUGUACACAUCUGAUUAUAAAUGAUUAGGCAGCAAAAUUGAAUUUCUCUCUGUUUUGAGACAGCAUUUUUAUUGGACUAUCUGGAUAUUUUCAUUUUAAUAUUAUGAUUAACUGUGUUCAGUCUGGUUAUUAAAUUAUAGCAGUCAAAUGGGACCGCUUCAUUUUCUUGUGAAAGGUGAUGAAAGCAGUAGCUGGUGGAACUUCUGUAGUUUCUGUUUCAGAUAAUGAUUCACUCCACUGAAGAGUAGGAGCUGAGACUACAGACUCAGGAUGGAGCAUGAAGUAGUCUCUGCUCUCUUGUUUUUGCUCAGAGUGUCUUACAUUUAGUAUUUUAUUGGAGAUUUGGAAUAGAAAUUGAAAUUGACAAUAUAUAAAAAAUGAGCUUCCUUAGAAGCUGAUUUUUUUUGUAGUUUAGUUGCAAAUGUUAUGUAGCACUGUACUUUAUUGAUAAUACAGACUGCAGAGGUAAAGAAGAUCUUCAUUUUCUUCAUUUCAACCUUCCAAAGUCAUUAUUACACUCAGAACAUGCCAGUUUUCUUAUUCUCUUUUGGGAUCACCUUUUUGCACACCUGCAGAGAACAGGCAUAUCAACACAAAUUUGCAUUGUAGUCUAGUGUUUUGAUGCUCUGAGGUCCCCAACCUAAUUACCCUUUACAGUUUGUGUCCCUUUCUUUGCUGCUAUUCCAAAAUUAUUUGAUAGAAUCUUGAGCAAUCAGGUUUUCUUAGCUUUAUCCUGGAAAUUGAAAAAAAAAAAACCACAAAACUUAAUAACAGUAGAAAUGCAGCUGUGUAAGAAUAACACGUAGCCCUUCAUAUAAGAUAGGUCUUAAUAGAUCUCUAGAGAUGCUUUUCUGAACACUGCAGAGGAAGCGCAUGGCUAUGGUCUGCUCUUACACAAUGCAUCAUUGAUGCAAUAAUAUUCAGUACAUUGUGUGUAAGUUAGGAUAAGUGAUCUGUGGAUAAGAGUUUGAAUGAAAAGUCAUGUGUUCUUUUAUACUUGCUGUGUACUGUACUUGGCCUUAAUUACAACUCCGACUUAGUUCUAAUUUUUUAAUGCUCUUUAGAAUCUUCACCUCAUUUGCUUAUGUCAUGGGGCAAUUCUGCAUUAUGUGCUGAAACUUGGAAACUGAGCAAGGUGGAGCAUUUGCUUAGAAUGCUGCAACAUCUGUUGAUGAUAGUAGGGGAUGACAGUGUAUCCAGGAACUAGGAUAAGCCCUUUGUUUAAGCAAGCAAGGCUGCUUGUAAUGUUAUGACUGAAGUCAUACUGAUCGUAGGUGGAUGAUUUUUGAGGUGAGGAUUAAUAAAGCAGCUUGAUUACAAAACAAAGCUUUGUUCACUCGAGAUUUGUCUUCUUGGAAAACCAAAAAACCGCCUUGUCUGUGUAUGUCAGUAUUGUUUGGGCUCUUGGAGAGAGAUGAUUAUAUUUUGAGUUUUAUGAACUAGUUCACCAUUUGAACAUAUUAAACGAAAUCUGAUUAAAGAUUGUGUUUCAUGUCUGCUCUAAUACGCGUGGGUAGCAGCUGUGCUGAGGAACUUACAGCAACAAUAAUGUAUAAUGAUUGGAUGCUGUCAUGUUUCUAAAAUACUUUGCUGCUAGCUGAAGUAUAAAAGAAGCCAUUUACUGUGACAAAUCCUGCUUAACUUUGCAAUUAUUUCAUUAUUAAUCUUCAUGUUUAAUGUCAUUUUGUUUCUGUAUGUUCUUACAUUGCAUAGUUCAACAAAGAAUGUUUGUAUUUGCUGGUGAACUGGUGAUUCAGUUUAUUUGCUUCUGAACUGUUGAGGUUUACACGUGUUCACGUUUGUUGCUUUAGUAGAGACAAGGUUAGAAUAACAGACGAUGAGUGUUGAUUAAGUUUUUUUUUGUAUUAAGAGCAUGUAGAAGUGUUCAUUUUGAUGCAGUUGUUCAGAUUCUCUCUUCAGGGGAAUAAUGACAUGAUUUCAUGCAGAUGCUGCUGAGUGCAAAAUCUGUCACUGUCGUCUCAUUGUAUAUAAAGAACCUUCUGCUGGGAUUUAUCAACAAGAUCAACAAGAAGGAUGUACACAAGUUUCAAUAUGCUGUCACAGGCAUAUUUCUCUGUUACCUAUCUUCCAAUUUAUCAAAGUCUAGUAGAGAAUACAAAGUCUUUUGAAUUGUGAUUAGCAAGUGUAAAAUUAAAAGCUAUUUUAACUAGUCCCCACAAGCCAUAUAACCCUUUAAAAUGCUGCAGUGGUUAAUAAUUAACUCAUUCUGUUACAAUUCAUGACAUUAAAACUAGUGAGAUGUAGAAAUGAUGUAGUCAUAGUAUUCUAUUACAAUUCUAGCAAAAAACAGGGAGAAAAUUAAUUUUAUAUAUGUGCAGGAUUUGAUUUUAAUAGCAUUCAACAUUCAGAAUUCUACAUGGUUGGAAUAUUUUUCUUGUGUGGUACGAUUAAACAUUUUCAUAGUCAUGUGUUACUUCUAACCAGUUAGGCCAACUUUUUGUCAAGAGUGGUGAUCAUAGUUCUCAUAAGAUGAGACACAAUGGAUGACUUAACUCAGAGAAAGGCAAAAGAAUGGAUAUGCUCCUGCAUGUGUUGUUAUCUAUAAGGCACUAAUUUACUCUCAGUUGUAGACAUACCAUAACACAGAACAAAACAAAGCGUUAGUGGAUAGAUUAGAUUGCUUCCAGUGUGUUGAAUAAAGAUAGUAUACUGAAUAGAAGGAUAAAACGUGCUGAAGAACAUGAGUACUAAAGAAGGAACUGUAUCUCCAUUCAUACAUUUUGCAGAAGCUAUCUUACAUGUGAAAAUCUACACUGUAGUUACCUUAUGAACUCACUAUUUGGACUUCCUUUGUUCCAACGAGAGGAAGAAUAUCUGUGUUGCUGGCACCUUAGCUCCAUUUGGCUGCUUAUGUACUGCUUUUGUUUGUUUACCUCUGCUCUUGUCAUUUGCUUUUAAGUAAAAGCAAAAGAAUGUAGGACAGCUUCAUAAAGAAAUUUAAUCAUUGCA